AUGGCGGCGGAUAAUGCGUAUUUGAUGCAGUUUGUUGAUGAAACCUCGUUUUACAAUCGCAUUGUCCUGAGUCAUCUAUUGCCGUCGAAUCUGUGGGAUCCUUUACCGCACUUUUUCCAGACAUGGCUCCGGAAUUACCUCGCCGGAACCUUGCUAUACUUCAUCUCCGGCUUCCUCUGGUGUUUCUACAUCUAUUACCUUAAACUCAACGUUUAUCUUCCAAAAGAUGCCAUUCCUACAAGAAAGUCUAUGCUUUUGCAAAUUUACGUGGCAAUGAAGGCGAUGCCUUGGUACACUCUGCUUCCAACAGUCUCCGAGAGUAUGAUCGAACGUGGUUGGACCAAAUGUUACUCUAGAAUAGGCGAAUCAAGCUGGAUCCUCUAUUUUGCUUACGUCGCCAUCUAUCUUGUUUUAGUUGAGUUUUGUAUUUAUUGGAUGCACAGAGAGCUUCAUGACAUUAAGCCUCUAUACAAGUAUCUCCAUGCGACCCAUCAUAUCUACAACAAGCAGAACACACUCUCCCCAUUUGCCGGGCUUGCGUUUCACCCGAUAGACGGGAUACUUCAGGCUUCACCGCAUGUGAUGGCUCUGUUUGUAGUGCCGAUUCAUUUCACAACACAUAUAGGUCUUUUGUUCAUGGAAGCGAUAUGGACAGCGAACAUCCAUGACUGCAUCCACGGUAACAUCUGGCCAGUGAUGGGCGCAGGGUACCAUACGAUACACCACACCACGUACAAGCACAACUAUGGUCACUAUACCAUUUGGAUGGAUUGGAUGUGUGCCACUCUUAGGGACCCUCUCUUAGAAGAAGAUGACAACAAAGACAGCUCCAAGAAAGCAGAGUGA